CAGUGAUUAUGUCAUUCAGUUAUUUAGCGAUUGAUUGAAGCAAUUGUUAUAUAAAGUAGUGUUUAUUGCAAUACAUUUGGUGUCCAUUUAGAUGAUUGAAGACCAGUGAAGAUGAGUGACUCAUCUAAUACUUCGUCAAACAGUCUUUCAGACGACGAACAGUUCUUUGACGCCAUUGAUGGCAACGAAGAUGUGUUGAAUAAGACAAAUGACAUGCAUUUGAUGACUAAAGAUGUGACGCCUCGAGAAUCUGUUGUCUCCUCGUCUACACUACAGAUGGCUGACAGUGGUCUUUGUUCAUCUCAAUCGAGUGAUGUUACAGAUAUAGUCUCAGAUCUGGUCUCCGAAACAGUUCCCGAUGUUGUCCCCAAAAUUUGUAAAAAUACUUUAUUUAAUAAUAAAACUUUGGAUCAAAGUAUUAGUGCCACUGUUAGUAACGAUAGUAAAAACAAGUCAACAAUUAUCCCAACGAUAUCUCAACCAAAACCUCCUCCAAGAGCUCGUAAGAAGAAGUUAACAAAUAGUUUGAAAAAUGAAUUUAAUAACACUGUCGAUGAAACACUCGGCGAUCAAAAUAAUAGUCAAUUGAAUAGUGGGAACAAUCAAAAUGUUGAUUUGUCUUAUCUUCAGACACCCAGUUCUGGGCAUUCAUCUAAUUUGACGAGUAUUUUGGAUGAUAUCGUUAGCAUUAAAGGAGAUCUUAGUCUUAAUGAAGCAUUUCUACAAUCACUUGGAGAUCGAAGAAGUGUUUGUAUCGAUGAGAUUCAUAAGCAAAAUAGAGAAUUGGUUAUCAAUUCAGAUGAAUUCACUGCAUCGAUGGCACAGAUGGCACAGUCAUUGAAAACACCUAAAGAGCAGGAAAUACUGAAUCAAAUAAUGAUUUUAAACAUCGAUACCGGAGAAAGAGUACCGUUGAGUAAAGCAGAAGAGAUACUUCCAAAAUGUUUGAAUCCAUUGAGUUUGCAUUUAAUGAAAUUAACCAAUGAUUUUGGCGACGCAGACGUCUGUUCGUUAGCUUCGGAAAUGACGGCUCAGGAAAGUAUUUUGAGAGACAGUGCUUUCGAUGAUGAAGACGAAGAAAGAAAUGGAACCGAUUUCAAGAAAGAUAAACUGAAAAAAGGAAUUAGAACUCUAACCAAACUUAGACCCGGAGUUAUUUGGAAAGGAGUUAAAGGUGUCAAAAGUGCAACUAAAGAGAGAUCAUCCACUUUUCACGUCGAACUCAAGACUCCUAUAGAACCCGAACCUCAACCGCGAUAUAAGAUUAAAGUUAAUCAUAAAAGAGGAACUCCUGAUUUCGAUGGCCUUAAACUGUUACAAGAAUUAUAUGACUGUAAGGGUGCCAUUUGGGUCAUGAAAUAUAGUGUUUGCGGACAAUUAUUAGCCGCCGCCGGACAGGACCAUCUGCUCAGAGUUUAUUGUAGUCAAAAGUCAUGGAAAUAUUUUACUCAAUUACGUAACAAAGCUUCGGGUCAACAAAUAUCACCGAAUUCAACGAAAGAACGCGACACUAAUGGCUCAUUUGGUCGAUCCGUUUCGUUGAAUAGAAGUUGUAGUCUUUCUAGUUCUGAAAAUUUAAGAAAUGAAUCGUUGGCUUCAAAUAUAGCCCAUCAUAUUCUUCAUGAGGACAAUACUCUUAGUGAAGAGGGACCGAUGCUAUUGUUUAGUGCAUAUCGUGGUCACACCGCAGAUGUAUUAGACAUUGCUUGGUCUAAGAAUCACUUUUUAUUGUCGUCAUCGAUGGAUAAAACAGUGCGUCUUUGGCACAUCACUCGAGUCGAAUGUUUGUGUACUUUCCGUCACAUAGAUUUCGUAACAACUAUUCAGUUUCAUCCAAGAGAUGACAGAUAUUUCCUUAGCGGUUCACUCGAUGGAAAGUUGCGUUUGUGGAACAUUCCCGAUAAAAGAGUCACUCUUUGGAAUGAAAUCAUGGCUUUACCGACACCACAAUCACGCAGUACUUCAAAUCAAGAGUCAGUUCCAGCUCACGGACUAAUCACUGCUUCCUCUUUCGUACAAAACGGAAAGUUCGCAGUCAUUGGCACUUAUGACGGAAGAAUUAUAUUUUAUUCAACAGAUCAACUCAAGUACUUCACUCAGAUUCAUGUGAGUGGUAGCGGAAAGAACAGUUCGGCUCAGAUAUCCAAUGCAAACAGUGGUAACGAUAGGCGCCGUCGGCGUAAUAAUAAUAAAGUUACGGGUAUUGAGGGCGUAGACGAUAAUAAGAUUCUGGUCACUACUAAUGAUUCACGACUUCGACUCUAUGAUCUACGAGACCUGUCUCUCACCUGUAAAUAUAGAGGUGUUGUCAACGAAUCGAGUCAAAUAAAAGCGUCCAUUUCUCACGACAGCAAAUAUAUAAUCUGUGGCUCAGAAAAUGCUUCAUUUUAUAUCUGGAGACUUCAAGACAAUACCACAAUAGGUCAGCGCAGGGAUCGCAACAAACAAUACGAAGCAAUACGUCUACUUCCUCCACAACCCACGCAUUCAAUACAAGAUUCGAUGCAAAUGCCGACACCGCCACAGAUGACCACUAAGAUUGUUACUUCAGCUAUCUUUGCUCCCGUUCCGCAACAAAUUGAUGAAAAUGCCAAAUAUGUCAUCGCUGUGGCCGACUUUAAUGGCAAUAUUAGGAUAUUCUCUAAAUAACACACUAUUAUUAUUAAUUAUAAUUAAUUUUUGUUUAAUACUAAUUAAAU